CUUCAAACCCCCAGCAAAUUAGAGCUUCCACGGCACAGCAUAGUUCCGCUCUGCUUCCGCCAUCCUUAGGUCUUCUUCAACCUCCGGCUCCGCAACUUCUCGCCGCUGCGGCGGCUUGCGCUUCCGACGAAACCCAAAACUUUUCCGGCGACUUCUCUUCCCAAAGCGAAAGCAAGCAGGCGUUCGUCGCCCGCUCGGGAAAGCUCGGGGGACUAGCAAUCAUGGGCAAGCCCGGCUCUCGGUCGGAUUUAGCAGCGAAAGCUGAUCGCAAGUUCGAGAAGAAGCUCCAGUUUUAUGCUAAGGUUAGAGAUACUGUGGCUUCUUUGAGUGCAAAAAGUGGUAUUGGCAAGAAGAAGAAAUUGAGAAGCCGGCAGAAGAAGUUGAAAGCAUACGACCUCUCUGCCCUCUCCGAGUUCCUUCCUGAGACAGAUACCAAGCAACCAUGUCCACCCACUGAGAUCAGGCUCAGUUGCAGAUCUAGGGGGAAGCUAAUAUUGAAGGAAGGGAAGCAGUUGAGUACAGUCCUUAACCACCCGGCUUUCCAAUCAAAUCCUCUGGCCGCCAUUCAACAGCACUUGGAGAGCACACAACCUGUUUUGGAUGAGAAACCCAAGAAGAAGAAUAAAACUGGUGGAAAGAAGAGCAAAAGCAAGAAAUCAAAGGCCGCUUCUGCAAGUCAAUCAAUGGAGAUCUAAAUCCACAUCUCAUGGCUGAGAAGAUCUUUUUGUCGGCUCCGAAGAUGAAAGUAAAAUGAUGCGCGUGUGGGUUGGUAGAAUUUUCCUGUUGCCCGUUUGCCCUUUUCCUUAUUUUGAAGACGAUGACUACCAAAAUGAGCGGGCACGCUUGCUUCCACCAAGACACAAGUCUUUGUCAUCUGGUAGUGCUGUACAGAAAUUGACCAUAGUCCUGACUUUGUGGUAUGAUUUCUUGUUCUGAAUGUUUUAAAGCGCCUAUCCCAUUCUGAUUCAGAUCAUUUCUACUCA